AUGGCACAUACCUCACCAAUGGCGCUCGACCGGCGAGUAUCGCCCUCACCGCCGCCACAACCCUUGUCCAAGCGAGACAAAAGACGUAAUAACAUUACCGACAAGCUCUCGGACAUGAUCCAGACGUUCACGCAGGACCAACACCAGCACUACCGUGCACAACUCCAGGCUAUCCAGGUGGAUAUGACAAUGAUACUGAGAGCGAACCCCUACGAGAACAGACCUCUCGACGACUCGGCCGAAGACGUCGAGCGAGAGAUCGAAAACGUCACUGGCGGCAGCUUGCCAAACACGGACGCUGCCGUCAAGGACUACCUGGCUCUGGCUGGCAAGAGAUACCACGAAUACGUCCAGCAGAUCAACCACGCUCUGGAACAGCGUGACGCCGAUCUGACAGCCCUGCAAAACCGCUACGAAGCGGCCGUCGCCGAACUAGAGAAGAGCUCGAGUUACAAGGUCCAGGUCGCACAACGGGAGCACCUGGAACUGGCGACAACAGUGCGCAGUCGUCUGAUCAACAGCGUCACGAAGAAGCGCGACAAGCUGCUGCGCGAAAAGGAGCAGCUCGACAUUGCAGACAACUCUGCCCUGUUCUUCCACCCCAGCCAGUUCACCGUCAAUAUGCCUCAAAGCCCCGGCGGUAUUCAGAGUAAUCGCAAGACUCGUCACACUCGCCAUCGCGUUGGUGAAGCCGAGGACGAGCGCCUGAAGAAGCGCAAGGCCCCGGCCGACGACGAUGCCACCGACUCUCCUGCUCCAUCCUUCCGUCCUCUGCAGAACGAAAGCAAUGGCGCAGCUUCGCCCUUCCACGAGGCCCGCACAAAGACCAUCUACACACAAUACGAGGCCCCGGCCUUCUCCAUCGAUCGUCUGUUCACGGAGAAAGAGUUGAACCAUGCCACGCUUGUCGCUCAGAUUGCGACCCACCACUUCUUCCACCAGGCUCAGCCCAGCCAGCAGAACCCCGGAAGCGCUCCCUCGCUCGCAUCUGUCGAUGGAGCUGCCGACGCCGUCAUUGGCCCUCCUGCCAUCACCACCGAGAUCGACGACAUCGUCGCAACCCAAGCCCAUGGCUCACCACCUCCCACACAAGCCCCUGAGAUGGAGCGCAACAUCUCACAUCAUGCCACUCGUGGUGCUACCAGGGCCAAUCCCCUGGCUGCUCUCUCGGAAGCUGCCGCUCUCACAUCGACAACCACAAACCCUUUCGUGCCCGUUCUCAUACCAAUUACGAAGACAGACAAGGGUGCGCCCACACCACCGGGUGUGAGCACUGGCGAGAUCGACAGCGAUAUUGCACUCAUGCUUAGAGAGGAUGAUGCCCCAACCUCAAAUCUUGAACAAGACGAGAACUUGAGCAAUCUCCAGCAGAUACGAGAACGCCUGCUGGAACAAGCCUGCCAAACCACAAACGGCGUCGCGCCCUUCCGUCUCCCAAUCCUCGAGACUGGCCCGGCUGCCAUCAGUGGUGGAGUAAACAGAAUCCCUCCCUAUGGCUUUGCAGACCCCGAGUCUCUGCGUUUCGCACUCCGCAACGGUGCCGGCGUGGGCACUGCUGCAGCUGCGGCACCACCAGGCCCCAUAGUCAACGGCAACAUCUCUGCUCUUACCGCCUCUGCGCCUGCUGUCAUUGGUGCCGCUAUACCCAUGAGCAGAACAACAAGUUACGCUGGAAGUGAAGCUGGUGCUGGCAGCGAAGCAGGCGGCGUGGGCAUGCGAAGAGUCAGAAGCAGGUUUGCCUGA